UGGCAGUUUGUGGUUUAACCUAAGAAUAUUUACCUCAAAGAUAAAAUCUCUAACCCAGAUUUCAUGUUCAAGAUUUAAGAAAACAGAUCAAACUGCAUCCAUAUAAAUUUAAUCCCAAAUGCAAAGUUUCUUACUUGACACUACACCAUGAAGGUUUAUGCCACUGAGCUCAGUUGGAAGAUCACACCUUACAACACUCAGAGAAAAGUGUCCUUACUGGCUCUUAUCCUGAUUCUCUUCGCCUUUAUCCAUCUCCUCACAAAUAAUUGUCGGUCACCCUUGCUGUUUCGUUACUUUAAAACUAGUGAUGUGAGAGGCAUCGCACUGGAGAAGAAAUGUGACAUUUUUAGCGGAAAUUGGGUUCCUCAUCCUGAAGGGUCUUACUACUCAAAUGAAAGUUGCCAUCUGAUGAUCGACCAGCAUAACUGCAUGAAGUUGGGGAGACCUGAUAAGGAGUUUAUGAACUGGAGGUGGAAACCAAAUGAAUGUGAGUUACCUCUGUUCAAUCCGGCUCAGUUCUUGGAGCUUGUUAGAGGGAAGUCCAUGGCAUUUGUUGGGGAUUCUGUGGGGAGGAACCAAAUGCAAUCAUUGUUGUGCCUCUUAUCCAGUGUGGCAUAUCCAGAGGAUAUUUCUCACAAGUACUCAUCAAACACGGAUUAUUUUAAACGAUAUUUCUAUGCUGAUUACAGAUUUACUUUAGCAAUAUUCUGGUCCCCAUUCUUGGUUAAAUCUAGUGAUGCAGAUCCUAAUGGUCAUUCCCUCAACAGCCUCAUGAACCUCUACUUAGACGAAGCUGACGAGGCAUGGGCGAAAGAAGUUGAAAAUUUUGACUAUGUGAUUGUUUCAGCUGGACAAUGGUUCUUCCGCCCUUUGAUAUACAAUGAAAAUAGUAAAGUUAUUGGGUGCCAUAAAUGCUUUAUAAAGAACAUGACAGCCGUUACCAAGUACUACGGAUACAGAAUGGCCUUUCGAACUGCAUUUAGAACUCUUCAAAGCCUUAAGAACUACAAGGGUAUAACAUUUCUGAGGACAUUUUCUCCGUCGCACUUCGAAAAUGGUGAUUGGAAUAAGGGAGGAAAUUGUGCAAGAACAAGGCCGUUUACAAGCCAAGAAAUGAAGUUAGAAGGGUAUGCAAUGGAGUUCUACUUGACACAAGUGGAAGAACUACGGGCUGCAGAGAAAGAAGGGACGAAGAGGGGUUUGAAAUUUCGAUUACUCGACACUACCGAAAUUAUGUUGUUGAGGCCAGACGGGCAUCCAAACCAGUAUGGACAAUCACCGCAUAAGAAUGUGGCAGUAAAUGAUUGUGUUCAUUGGUGCUUGCCAGGCCCCGUUGACGCGUGGAAUGAGUUUUUGCUUUAUAUGAUGAAGACUGAACGUCAGAGGUCGCUUCAGGGGAGGCUUUAAUGAAAAAUUCUUGCUGUAAAUUUGAUACAAUUUUUAUUUUAUAUAUAUAUUUGAAACACUGGAUGGAUUUUUUUACCUGUAAAAACAUAUGUCCUUUCAUUUAUAAUUUGUAGUGAAGAAGAAAGAAAAUGGGUUUAUUCUUGUGAUUCUGAGAAUUCUGUGAUUCAGAG